AUGCAUUUGUCAAUGGAUACCCUGGGAAUAGUGGACGAUAGUUGCCUGGACAACUAUGACAUGGCAAAAGGUGCUGGGCAAAGUGGUGGAGGCAGGGUCCACAGCAUUGAUGUUAUACUGGGAUUCACUAAAGACCAGGACCCUUUACUCCAUUCGGAAGGGGAUGACGACAGCCAAAAAGCCAACAGUGAAAACGCACAGCACCCUGAGAAGCAGGUCGCCUCAGAUCCCUAUGGGCACCUUCCAGAAUUGUGUGACAGCUCCCAACAUUCUUCCUACCAUGAAUCUGACCUAUUCUCCGGAGACAAGUGCGAUGAAGAAAUGAGUAACCUGCAGAAGGAAGGGGACAUUGCUGAAGAGUCUCCAGAGGCCGUUACAGAAGAAGAGCACACAAAAAAGAAACACAGAAGAAACCGGACCACUUUCACCACAUAUCAACUUCACGAGCUGGAGCGAGCCUUCGAGAAGUCCCACUAUCCAGACGUCUACAGCCGGGAGGAGUUGGCAAUGAAGGUUAACUUGCCUGAGGUUCGUGUUCAGGUGUGGUUCCAGAACCGCAGGGCCAAGUGGAGACGUCAAGAGAAGAUGGACACAAGCACUAUGAAGCUCCAUGAUUCCCCCAUGUUAUCCUUCAAUCGUCCUCCGAUGCCUCCUAGCGUUGGGCCAGUGGCCAACCAUAUGCCCCUCGAUCCCUGGCUGACCUCGCCCAUCUCCAGUGCUACACCCAUGCAUACCAUUCCAGGGUUCAUGGGUUCACCGCAGGGCAUGCAGCCUGCCUAUCCAAGCCACAGCUAUCUCAACACCCCACCUGGUAUGGUCCAAGGUAUGCAGCCAAUGGGCCCUCCUCCCUAUCAGUGCACACCCAGCUUCAACGAUAAAUACCCGAUGGAGGAUGACAGGAGUUCGAGUAUUGCAGCACUCAGGAUGAAGGCCAAAGAGCACAUUCAGUCAAUGGAUAAAACCUGGCAGCACAUGUAA